AUGGGUCUACUUGCCAUUGGAACGCCGCUUGAAUGGCCCGAGGCCAAGAAGGUUGCCAGCCAUGUGAGAUCAUGGGGUAUCGAACAACUACUGGCGAUUUGGCGCGACUACAAGGGCAAAGAAAGAGAUGCACUGCUGUGGGGCGAUGAGAUCGAGUAUCUGGUGGUCUGCUAUGAUCAGAAUAAUCGCAAGGUCCGACUGUCUCUCCGACAGGCAGAUAUCCUUGCGGCGCUAGCCACCGAUGAGAAGCUUCUCGCCGAAGGUGGUGGUGUCCCUGAUGUGCAGACUGGUGACACAAGAGGUAUUGCGAACCCUGCGCCAGUCUUUCACCCUGAGUUUGGACGCUUCAUGCUCGAAGCAACCCCUGGAAAACCAUGGGGAAUUGGGUUCAAAGAUCUCUUGGACGUAGAGCCGAACAUGAAGUGGAGACGGAAAAUUGCAAAGGAGCACAUGGAGGCAUCUGAGUUUCCCAUUACAUUGACAACUUUCCCCCGACUUGGUAACAAGGAUUGCUUGAUCCCAGACUAUCCGCCGUCGGGACCAAAGCUGCGGUCUCAAUUCGUGCCGGAUGAGAUUGCCAACCCUCACAUCCGGUUCCCCACGCUAGCGGCAAACAUUCGUUCGCGGCGAGGCAGAAAGGUGCAAGUCAACGUACCGGUCUUCAAGGACGUAAAUACCCCUUGGCCGUGGAAGGACCCUACCGUCAACUAUGACCUGCACAAUUGGCCCGAGGACGAUGAUGUCCGCAACGGUGCUGCCCCCGACAACUUUAUCCACAUGGAUGCCAUGGCUUUCGGGAUGGGUAGCUGUUGUCUGCAAAUUACGUUCCAGGCCAAGAAUGUUGAGGAAGGGCGAACAAUGUAUGAUCAGCUGAGCCCAUUGGGACCCAUUUUGCUCGCAUUGACUGCAGCCACACCUAUCUACAAGGGUUUCCUAGCAGAUACAGACGUGCGCUGGAACCAGAUCAGUCGCGCAGUUGACGACCGCACACCAGAGGAGCUGGGAGAGAAACCACUCAAGAACGACCGUUGGCGACUGCCCAAGUCUCGCUACGCGUCCAAUUCAACCUACAUCUCACAAGACCCUCGAUUGCGAAAAGAGUACCUGGAUCCUGACCUUAUUGUGGAUCAAGAUCUCAAAAAGCGUUUGAUCGAGGGUGGUAUGGAUGAUGCUUUGGCAACUCACUUUGCACAUCUUUUCAUCCGCGAUCCCAUUGUUGUCUUCAACGAGGAUCUCGAUGAACUCGACCUCAACAAGGCCGAUCACUUCGAGAAUCUUCAGUCAACCAACUGGCAGCACAUGCGCUUCAAGCCGCCACCCGUUGGCUCGGACAUUGGCUGGCGUGUUGAAUUCAGGCCGAUGGAGAUCCAGAUCACUGACUUCGAGAAUGCUGCUUUCUCGAUCUUCAUUGUUCUCAUCACCCGCGCCAUCUUGUCCUUCAAUCUGAACUUCUACAUCCCUAUCACACGCGUAUCGGAGAACAUGGAGACAGCUCACAUCCGCGACGCUGUGUCGACCCAGAAAUUCUGGUUCCGCAAAUCGCCUUUCCCAGCAUAUCCCUCGAGCCGCACAAAUGGGCCUGGCACAUCGACACCCGCCAAUAUGCCGAGCCGCCCACCGACACCAGGCCCCGUUGAGGACGAAUACGAGCAGAUGAGUGUCAACGAGAUCAUCAACGGACAGCAGACCGACGGCGGCUUCCCUGGCCUCAUCCCUCUCGUCGAAUCAUACCUCAACAGUAUGAACGUCGAUGUCGAGACAAGAUGCGACUUGGCGACGUAUCUAGACCUCAUCAGGAAAAGGGCGAACGGCACGUAUUGGACAGCAGCGAAGUGGAUAAGAAACUUUGUGCAGACGCACCCGGAGUACAAGAAGGACAGCGUGGUCAGUGACGAAAUCACAUACGAUCUUGUCAAGGCCGCGGAGCAGAUCACGAAAGAAGAGGGGCGUGACGGCAUGGGCAAGGAGAUGUUGGGUUCACGACGGUAA